UGCUGCUCCAGUCCUCACCUCUGUACGGAUUUCUCCUCCAAAAUCCACCAUGAUUUCAAUUCUUCCCAAAUGUUUCUGAACUUUCGUCUAUAAAUCACAGAAUUAAAAGCAUGGGCAGAAGACGAGGCAUCUCGCUGAAACACCGCGUCGCCGCAAUUUUCCCCUCUCCAGCGCAACGCCGCAAAUUGUGCGGGGUGAUCGGGUGGGCUCACAAGGUCGGGUUGAAAGUGAAAUCGACGCUAGCGCAGGCGGCGGGAGGGAAAUACAAGCGGGAUCCGGUUUUGGGGAAGCCCGUACCCGUUCCUAAGGGGCAGAUGGCGGUGUACGUGGGGCAGAGCGACGGGGCAUUCGAGCGGAUUCUGGUGCCGGUGGUGUAUUUCAACCAUCCGUUGUUUGGGGAUUUGUUGAAGGAGUCGGAAAAUGAGUUCGGGUUCAAUCAGCCGGGCGGGAUAACUAUACCUUGUCGUGUCGCCGAGUUUGAGCGAGUUCAGACCCGGAUUAAGACGGGUCGGAAGACUUUAAGUUUACCUUUGUAAUUACCCUAGCUAGCUCUUCCCCCAAUUUUCACAUAAAAAUAUACACACCUUUUGAUUUUGUGAUCAA